UUAUGAAGAAUUGGGAGAUGAUAGAAGCUAGCUUGUAAGUUAGGAAGUGAUUAUUGCCGGAAAAAUCAUGAAGAAGAAAGCCGUCGCUGCCGCCUCUCCGGUACCAGUUCGCCACGUUGUCUGGUUAAGCUGGAAACUCGUCUUCUUCUUCUCUUUUGCCCUUUUCUUCUAUGCUCUCCUCCUCCUCCAUUUCUCCCCGGAAAUCUCUCCUCCCACUAACUAUCUCUCUCGCGCGCGUUUGAGAUCUCGUAUUCCUCGAUAUAACAACUUCAACGGCACCCCUAAGAUCGCUUUCCUCUUCCUUUCCCGCUUCAAUCUCCCUCUCGAUUUUCUCUGGGGAAGCUUCUUUGAGAACGCUGACACGGCUAACUUCUCCAUUUACAUUCACUCCGCCCCUGGCUUCGUCUUCGACGAAUCGACUUCUCGGUCGCAUUUCUUUUACAAUCGCCAAUUGACUGAUAGCAUUCAGGUUUCUUGGGGAGAAUCGAGUAUGAUAGAAGCCGAACGGUUGUUACUUUCAAAUGCUCUAGAGGACCCUGCAAAUCAGAGAUUUGUUCUUCUGUCUGAAAGUUGUGUACCUCUAUACAACUUCAGCUAUAUCUAUAGAUAUCUUAUGGCUUCUCCUAGGAGUUUCGUGGACAGUUUUGUGGACAGCUUUCUUGAUUUGAAGGAUGGGCGUUACCACCCUAAAAUGUCUCCUGUUGUACCGAGGAACAAGUGGAGAAAAGGAUCUCAGUGGAUCUCUUUGAUAAGGAGCCAUGCCGAAGUCGUUGUAGAUGAUGAGGUUGUUCUUCCGGUCUUUAAGAAAUUCUGCAAGCGACGGCCUCCUGUGGACACCAGUAAAGGACGGCUGAAUAUUAAACUUCAAAAACAGCAUAAUUGUAUCCCGGAUGAACAUUACGUGCCAACAUUGUUUGCGAUGAGCGGUCUCGAAGGUGAGAUAGAACGAAGAUCACUGACCUAUACCCUGUGGAACCAGUCGGCUACGAAAAUGGAUAACAAAGCUUGGCAUCCUGUUACAUUCAACUAUGCAGAUGUUAGCCCUAAACGACUCAAAGAAAUAAAGGACAUCAACCAUAUAUACUACGAGAGUGAAUCCCGGACAGAGUGGUGUCGAGUUAACUCUACAUCCGUUGCUUGUUUUUUAUUUACCAGGAAGUUCUCAAGAGGAGCCGCCUUGCGCCUUUUGAGUGAGGGGGUGGUUGCUCCCUUUGAUACCUCGUCGUUAUUAGGCAAUUCGUCUUGAUUGCCGACCACAAUAUCUAGAACCGCCCAACUCUCAGCUGAUCCGCCUAUAAAGAACAAUUAGGGUGACAAGCAGAUUGCCUGCUAAAGUUUUGCCUGAUAUACAACACUACUGUAUACGCAGAAAUAGUUAUUAGAUUCGAAACAGAUUCUGGAGGCAGAUAGAGGAGUUAGAAGAUCAAACACAGUGCAGGAGUUGAAUACCCCAUUGACAUUGGUGUUAGCUGUCCGUCUGAUUGGUCAUAUAUGUUUUACUGGCCGGGAAAAGUUUGACGCUUGCAUUACAUUUUGUAUAAUUAUUUUUAGUGUAACAACUCCAUAAUUACAAUAAUUAUCAUAGAUAUUACAAU